CAGCCCAUGACAGUGCCAGCGGAAGAUGGAUGGCCAGGCCCGAGAUAAAAGCAACACCCAGGGCCGCGGCUGGGUCUGCAGUCAUGCUGCCCCUUGGGCUACUGCUGCUGCUGCUGCUGCUGCUGCUGCUGGCCAGCUCCUGUCUGCUCUGGGGCCAGUGGACACACCGGCACCUGCACCUGCCACCCCUGGCCCCUGGCUUCCUGCACUUGUUUCAGCCCUACCUCCCCAAUUACCUGCUUAGCCUUGCCCAAGAGCUCGGGCCCAUCUACAGGCUGCGCUUUGGGCUGCAGGAUGUGGUGGUGCUGAACUCCUGGCAGUCCAUUGAGGAGGCCAUGCUCAAAAAGUGGGUGGACUUUGCCGGCAGACCCCAGCUGCAGUCCACCAAGCUGGUGUGUCAGAACUACCCAGACCUGUCACUCGGGGACUACUCCCAGCUUUGGAAGGCUCACAAGAAACUCUCACGCUCAGCACUCCUGCUGGGCAUCCGCAACUCCAUGGAGCCGCUGGUGCAGCAGCUGACCCAGGAGUUCUGUGAGCGCCUGGCGGCCCAGGCCGGCGCCCCUGUGGACAUCCACAAAGAGUUCUCCUUGCUCACCUGCAGCAUCAUCUGCAUCCUCACCUUUGGAAGCAAGGAGGAUACCUUGGUCCAGAACAUUUACAACUGUGUCAACGACUUGAUGGUUGCCUGGAGCCACUGGUCCAUCCAAAUUUUGGAGCUAGCUCCCUUUCUCAGGUUCUUCCCCAACCCCAGCAUCAGGAGGCUGAAGCGGUUGGUGAAGGCCAGGGACCACAUUGUGGUGCAGCAGCUGAGGCAGCACCAGGACAGUAUGGUGGCCGGACAGUGGAGGGACAUGCUGGACUACAUGCUCCAAGGGUUGGAGCAACACCAAAAAGACUGGGGCUCGAGGCAGCUCAGGGAAGGACACGUGCACAUGGCCACCGUGGACUUCUUCAUAGGUGGCACAGAGACCACAGCCAGCACACUCUCCUGGGCUGUGGCUUUCCUGCUCCACCACCCCGAGAUUCAGCACCGACUCCAAAAGGAGAUGGAUCUUGAGCUGGGGUCUGAUUCCUCCACCUCGCCACUGCCGUACAAAGAACGCACACGGCUACCCCUGCUCAAUGCCACCAUCGCUGAGGUGAUGCGCCUGCGCCCUGUGGUGCCCCUGGCCCUGCCCCACCGCUCUACCCAGGCCAGCAGCAUCUUCGGCUAUGACAUCCCCAAGGACACAAUGAUCAUCCCUAACAUACAAGGUGCUAACCUGGACAAGACAGUGUGGGAACGGCCCCACGAGUUCUGGCCUGACCGAUUCCUGCAGCCAGGCAGGUGUCCCCGGGAGCUGGUCUUUGGCUGCGGGGCGCGCGUGUGCCUGGGCGAGCCCCUGGCGCGCCUAGAGCUCUUCGUGGUGCUGACCUCCCUGCUGAGGGCCUUCACGCUGCUGCCCCUGGAGGACGCCCUGCCCUCGCUGCAGCCUCAGCCCUUCUCCAGUGUCAACCUCCUCACACAGCCUUUUCAGGUGCGACUGCAGCCCAGAGCCCGGGGGGCCCUAGGCCUGCACCAGGGCCAGUGAUGGGCAGGACCAGAGCAGCCAGA